GUCAUUUGCAAGGACAAUGGGAUGCCAAGCCGAACAGCUUCAACGGACGUUCACUUGGCUCUGCUGGAUGUCAACGACUGUGUCCCGAUGUUCUCCCAAGUCAAGUAUAACUUCUCUUUAGCAGAAGACUAUUCCACCUCGUUUCAAGGUGAACGCUACGUCGGGACGGUGUACGCGACUGACUGCGACACCCCGCAAUUUAACAGGAUCUUUUACCGGCUGUUGAACUCGUACCAUCAAUUCAGGAUCGAUAAUCGGGGCCGCAUUUACAUAACACGGAGUAUUGACAGAGAACAGGAGUACGUGCAUGAACUCCGCGUCAUCGCGACAGAUGGACCAGACAUCGACGAGGACGACGACGAGGUAAAUCGAGGUCGAUCGUAUCCCGGACCAACGUAUUCCUCUAACCUCUACAACACAGCGACCGCAACCGUGCGCGUAUUUGUGGACGAUCUCAAUGACAAUUUACCGCACUUUGUGCAUCCUACCAACACAUCCAAUUCCAUUCAUGUGUCAUUCCAAGAGGAUGCGGGAUUCGUCCUAACUCGCAUGGUAGCGAUCGACCCAGACAACGACUACAACGGUACAGUAUCCUACCGCAUAGUGAAGGGAAAUCCUUAUAACAUCUUCAAACUCGGUGACAGAUCUGGCGAUCUCUAUAUUGCUAGCAAGAUGACUGACGCGCAUCAGGGUAAAUAUACACUGCGAAUCGAAGCAAAAGAUCACGGAACAAAGCCCCUUGCCUCAGUCACUGACGUGCACAUCUUCGUCGACGACAGUCCCCCAGUGGGUUUACACAAUGACUUCCUCCUGGGUCUGGGUUCCGAGGAGACUAGAGGCGCCGUCAGCGGCUCCGUUGGCGGCAUCUUCGACGGCCUAGAAGCCGAGACGAUGGUAGUCGUCUACAUCGUCGCGGGCAUCUGCUUCGUCUGCCUGUCGCUACUCAUAGCCGGCGCCAUUUUCUGUCGCAGGCUGCGGACUCGCAUGGAUCCGAGAGGAGGGGGCCGCAGACGCCAGAAAAUCAAUGGGUUUAUCGAGGCGAACGCGGCCGCUCACGACGCCAAUUGUGCUGGAGUCUCCGGCUACUACCAGAAGGCUGAAGACACCUACAAAAUAUCAGGUGAGGCAGCACGUGAUGAUUUAUUCGCCAGGGAUUUAUCGCCUUUCAACGACGGUCUGAGCUGCGAUGCGAUUCCACCAGAGCGACGUAACGGGAAGCUUGAGUUUCACCAGAUGUCGCAACGACUUGACGAGCCCUAUACGAUAAGAAUGAGUUCGCUGGCCGGUCAUCGACCUGCUAGCAGUAUCGUCGCUCCCCCUGUGACGACGUUUGAUGGAUCACCAGCGUUUGCCUACCUCGUAUCCAAUGUUGUCGCGACCACUUCGGGAGAUAUUGAUGGGGGUUGCAGCGGCGGCGGGGGUGGUGGUGGUGGAGAGUUUUAUCUCGUUCCACAGGCUCCUACUUCGACGAAUGCGUCAACGGUAGGAUAUCAGAACGGCCUUGGAUCGACUUGUGUUCCCCAAUCUCUAGUGACUGAGGAAGAAAUGCCUGACGAGACAGACGAACUGUAG